UGUUAGCCGGGGUUGAAUCUGAGUGCUUCUCCUGCGUCUGAUGUGAAUGCUAAGGCUAAGUGCUCUCUCUUAAGAAGAAAAAAAGAACAGGAUUAGUCUCAUUUGGCUGCUGGAGAAAUUAUUGGAGGACCCAGAAUGUCUUACGGAUCCAUCGAUGCAGGCUCUUUUGGAAGCAGAAAUCCGUUUGGUGGGCCCACAAGGCAGGGAUACCAGCCAGUAGCUACACAAGUCAGUCCCUCAGAGCUGCAGGAUGUGUUCCAGGAAACCUCCUCGAACAUCUUUCAGAUCAAUGCUAACGUGGUCACACUAGAGAAGAACCUGCAAUCGCUGGGAACAUCCAGAGACACAGCAGAGCUACGCCAGAGUUUGCAUUCCACACAGCAGCAGACCAAUAAAGUCAUAACAAGCACAAGCCAACUUGUUAAACAACUCACUGACAUCAUCAGCGGAUCCUCACGGCAAGACAGGCUCCGUCUGACGAGACUCAAAACAGAGCUGUCAGAUUCUGUCCAGCGAUAUGGAGAACUGCAGAAGAAAAUUGCAGAUCGUUCGAGGGCCCUGCUUCCUCCUGCACAAAAGGACAGAAAACAGAGCAUUCAGACUCCCUUCAGUGAGUUGGUUGAAGAGGGGCCGCUGUUUGGAGCAAGUGAGGGCACUGAGGGUGAUGUACAAGCGUUCCUGUCAGAGAUCAGUGAAGAAGAUGUGGAGAUCCUGAGACAGAGAGAGGAGGCUCUUCUGCAGAUUGAGAGAGACAUGCUGGACGUUAAUCAGAUUAUGAAGGACUUGGCCAGCAUGGUGCAUGAACAAGGAGACACUAUAGACAGCAUUGAAGACUACAUUCAGACCACUUCAUCGAACGUGGAAACAGCCAAUCAGGAGCUUGCAAAAGCCAGCCAUUAUCAGAGGCAGCUGAGGAGGAGGAAGUGUUUUCUGCUGAUCGGGGGACUGCUGCUGCUUACUCUGCUGAUCAUCAUCAUCGCAGUCUCUGCCAGAAAAUGAGAACAGAACCACAGAGUUUCUCUUCUCAUUUUUCUGGCAAAACAAGAGUCUCUACAUCGAGUCCGCCUUCGCUCAAUUCUACUCUUCUUAUUUCCGUCUAAAUUUCUCUCAGAUUGAGUGCUUUUCCUGUGUGUGCAUGUAUGGAAAUGUGGAUGUGUGUGUGUGAAUGUUCAUUAAAGAGUCUAUUUAUAAUCAGUGCUUUGUACUGUAAUGUGCAAUUAAUUGCUCUUUACCUCUUCAAAGUGGACUCCAGUCAAAGAACAAAAUCCAAAUAGACUAAAUGUUUCUGUGGGCUCUUAUGCCAAUGUUAAGAUCUGUUUUCCAUAAUUUAUUGCUGAUUCUUGAGUGCUUUUACUUGCCUAUAAUUCAUUUUGCAUUAAUACCAUGUGAUAUAGAAAUAAUGAUGUGUACUAUGUUCAAAACAUUAACAAAUCUUCAGUGAAUUAAUGAUGCAACUAGAUGUGUCAAAGUGAUUUUAAUGCUGUUUA